AAAAACAAAUGAGGAAAAGAUUAUGAUACCCUGCUUGGUCAGCACUUGGUACCACCCACUUUUGGCAAAUAUCUCUGCUUGUAUUGUAGCCAGGUUUUACAUUAAUCUUUCAAGGAUUUUAACCCAUUUACUGUUACUUCCAAUAUUUGCUGUUGUUUAAUUGAACAUGUUCCCUGUUUAACUGGCUGCAACACAAACUCAAAGCAUAAUCGAUCCAUCCCGGUGCUUAACAGUUUGAAAUCAAUGCUCCCAGAAAAAAAAUAAUAUUUUAACUUAAUCACUCCACAGGACAUCAGGUGUGUUUAGAUGUUGAAUGUGAGGUUUGUGACAUUUUCUUAUGAUGACUCUAACUUGAAGGUCAUAUUUAAACAGUCAAGAGUCUGCAUAAUCUCCCUGAAGGUCAAUUCCUGUUUACUGACAUUUCUUAAUUGCCAAAUGAACGGACAAAAUGACUACCUGAACCCGCUUAUAGCUCAAAACAAUAAAUAAUACUAUGAUCAUGAUGAAAAAUAAUUAAAAAAAAAAUGUUUUGUCUGUAGGACAUCCGUCAAUGUCCUUACUCUCAUCUAUUCACAGAAAGAGAAAUUCCACUGGAUAUAAUAUAUUUAAUGAAUUAUCUAUCUAAAGCUGUCCACAAAUCAAGCUCUAAGUGAUGGUUGCAUUUUUUGUUUAAAAUCCCUCAAAUUUACUAUCAAGACAAAAAAGGUGGAAUUGCCAAAUAUUGCUAAUCAAAAAUAUUGCAUGGAUCACAAACAUAGUUUUGAUUGUUAUGAUUUAUGUUGCGCUUGUUUGUUCAAAAGUUGAGUAGCUUCGAAAUGCUUCCAUUUUGUCUGUGUAAUUAACCCGAAGAAAACCUCAGGUACAUUUGUAUUAUACUCUAAGCAAACAGUGAUUUUUUUCAUUAUGACGAUGGAUUGUUUCCGAAAAUAGUGAAAAGUGUCAUAGAUCAUAGGCUACAUUGAACUAGUUGGUAACUUUUUUUAUAUAUAAAAUUCUUUUCCCCCCUUUUCACAACGGAUAUUGUUCUCCUGGUUUCCCCUCCUGGCUUCGUCUGAUUGGUCCCUCGGUCUGCGAUGAGUCCACAGCGGAGACUCUGAUUGGUCGACAACUGGAAACCAGGUAGUGGAAGCGCGACGCAGCGAUCACGAGUCUCCGCGCUGUUUUACCUGCAUUUGUUGUAUCCAUCAUGGAAACGCCCCUGCUUCCUCGUGAGUCCGGCCAGUUCAUAGCAGAGCGGAGUCGGGACGUGUUUGUGGAGGAGAAGGGCGUGCACAAGGUGGCGGAGAUGCUCUACGCUCUCCGACACAGUGAGAGUCUGACUGCCAGUGGCUGGAAAGAGGCAAAUCCAUUGGCCCCGACACCCACGUCUGACCAGGGAAUGAACUGGGUGUUUGUGGUCGACACCAUGAACUUCUCCUUUUGGCCAGAGGAAGAAAUUCAGCAGUGUGAGGUGACUUAUAAAGGGACGACGUAUACAGGCUACAUGACACUUUGUGCUGCCAUUACCAGGGCCAUGGAGGAAGGUAUACCGAUCACUGAUCCAAAGUACUUUUCUCAGAUGAGUGUGGAGGAGUUGGGACACGUCCUUCGAUCUGACAAUGAAACGCCCAUGCCGAUGCUCCAGGCCCGCCACAAGGUGCUGACUGAAGGCGGCCUCGUGUUGCUGGAACAUGGAGGAAGUUUUCGCAGUUUUAUCAGCCAAGCCGGGAACGAUGCCCGAAAGAUGGUGGAGCUCAUUGUGGAGAAGAUCCCUUCCUACAGGGACGAGGCUGUGUAUGAGGGGAAGAGAAUCUCAUUCUACAAGCGAGCCCAGAUCCUGGUGGCAGAUUUCUGGGGCGUCAUGGAGGCCAGAGGAGAUGGGGAGAUCAUUGACAUGGACUGGCUCACCAUGUUUGCAGACUACAGGAUCCCGCAGGCUCUUGUCUACCUUGGAGCACUGCGCUACUCUGACACUCUGAUGCAGACAUUGAAGAAUGGUGAACUGCUGCGUUCAGGAGACAGGAGAGAGGUCGAGAUCCGGGGCUGUUCAAUUUGGUCUGUGGAGCUAAUCAAAGACCGACUCAGCAAGCUGAUGCUGGAGCGAGACGGACAGACGUGUAACAUCAACCCCGCAGUCAUAGACUUCUACCUGUGGCCUUAUGCCAAACAGCAUCAUAAAGAGAUGGCCCACAUUCCCGUACACCACACACGCUGUAUUUACUACUGAGGAGCUGGCUGGCAGCCUCACAUACAGUAGGCUGCACUUGUCAGUGUGCAGCCUUGGCACUGGUGCCUUUCCCUGGGAUAAAGCCAAGCAUGCUCCUGUGCCAGAUAUAUGUACAAAUGGGGCUUCUCUCUCGCUGUAAUGGCAACAGGUUUGAAGCUUUAAUGUAGCGUGUUUGUCUAUGUGGGUAGUAGCACUGUUGUCCAUUUACAGUCAAGUUACAUCUUUACUGUUGAUGAGAUGGAACAUUUUCUACCCUUCAGAUCAACUGUGAACACACACUGUAAAUCUGCAGCAACCACACAGUGAAUAUACUGUAUUUUGAUCACACAUUGUGUGCUACUUCUUUGACACGAGUGUUGCAAUAGAUUAACCUGAUUUUGGCUUCAUCCACUUAAAGCAAGCAGGACAACUUCUUUGAAAUCUUCUAAUUAAAAAAAUUAUAUAUGGUGCAAUAAAUCUAUACCUUUGAAUAUA